UCGCUGCGGGAUAACACCGACCGUUAUCUUUGUCCGAUCAAAGGCAUCGGUGCGCUUUUAUCCCCUUUUCUUCUCUCUCGUUUAUCCCCCUGGUGAUAUUUCUGGCUAAGAAUAUUUUCUAAUAAAUUCUGUUCCCAGAUACAUCCAUCCUCGAGAUCCCAGGAACGUGAUUCGGGAUUUAGUAGCUGGCCAAGCUGGCGCCGGAGCGGUGACCUGGCACGAUGCGACCUUCCAAGGACAAUGACUUCAAAGGCAAAAGAAAGUGGGAGAAAAAGUAUUUCUCCUUGGAUGACAUGUGUAACAUGUCAGAGCAUCUUAACACAAAAAGAUGUAACAGUGCAUGGCACUAAUUGUCCGCCAAAUCUUAAAACAUGGAAUCAUGAUUUCAUUUAUAGUGGUAUACUAUAUAGUACCAUGGAAACAUAUAAUCCAUUAGAACAGCCAAAAAAUAUUCAUGUAAGGACAUUUGAUGACAUGGCGUUUAUAUCACAGUCUGCUUUACAAUUAUGUGAAAUUGCAAUAGGAGAUUAUGUUCUUGUGACUGCUGGCGACAACAAAGCUGUUAAAACUGCAUGGCCAACUAAAGAUAAAAGUUUAACAAGUGUUUCGUUAACAAAACAUGCAAUAGAAUUAAAUAACCUUCGAGGCCAUGUUAAGAUCGAAAAAUUUAACUUCUGUGUUAAUGUCGCCAAGGAAUUUGUAAUCCGUAGUGUUGGGAAACAUACAUUACAAGAAGCAACCAUGGAACUUGACAUAAUAAUUAAGAAUCACAAUGAACAAAAGGUAUUUACCAUAGGUAAUAAAUUCAGUGUGCCUUUCUAUGGCAAAACAUUAAUUUAUAAUAUUGUCAAAGUUGUAUCAGAUGAUUAUAAAAAUAAUAAUUUAUCUGAUCAAUUGAAACAAUUAAAAAUGACAGAUGAAGUACAUGAACCCAAAUUUUAUAAAGCACUUUACAACACAAAGUGGACAAUUUUAAGUGAAGAGCAAGAAAAGAAACACUGCAAAAGAUCUAAAUUUAAGAUACAAGAUGUUGGUGGAUACGAUAAUGUAAUACAAAAUAUCAAGGAUAUUCUUGAUAUCGGGCUUGGUCAAUGCCAAAGUAUUGGAGACUUUUAUGUUAGUAAAGGAAUAUUAUUAUAUGGUACUGCUGGUGUUGGUAAAUCUAUUAUUGCCAAUGCUUUAAUAUCUGAAUAUGAUAUCAAUUCUAUCACUAUUUAUAGUACCGACAUUUAUAGUAAAUCACUAGGCGAAACAGAAAGAAAAUUACAAGAUAUUUUCGUGGAAGCUAAAACUAAAGCUCCAAGUAUUAUUCUAAUAGAAGAAAUAGAUAGUUUAUGCCCUAAAAGAAGUACUUCGAGUACAGAUCAUGAAAGAAGAGUACUUUCACAAUUAAUUACACUCUUUGAUGACAUACAAAAUGCAAAUGAUAAUGUAGUGAUACUUGCCACAACUUCGAAAUUAGACCUUGUAGAUAGUUCCCUUAGAAGACCUGGUAGAAUAGACAAAGAAUUUGAAAUUUACGUGCCUACUUACAGCAUGCGUGCAGAAAUAUUUAAAAAGAUGUUAUUAAAGAUACCAAACAAUUUAUCUUCAGAAGAUAUACAAGAUAUCGCAUUUGCUACUCAUGGAUUUGUUGGCGCCGAUUUAUACGGUUUAUGUUCUCAAGCAAUUUUAAAUGCUGUAAAGUGUCAUCAGAAAAUUAAUACUAGUUUUGAUCUUUCAUUAAAAGUAACAGUGUCAAACUUUGAACAUGCUUUAACUGUCACAAAGCCAUCAGCUAUGAAAGAAGUUCUUGUAGAAGUACCGAAUGUUCGGUGGUCGGAUAUAGGAGGACAAAGAGACUUAAAAUUAAAAUUAAAACAAGCUGUUGAAUGGCCAUUGCGUCAUCCUGAAGCGUUUCUUAGGAUGGGUAUAACUCCACCUAAAGGUGUUUUAAUGUUUGGACCACCAGGUUGUUCUAAGACUAUGAUCGCAAAAGCUCUUGCAACAGAAAGUAAAGUAAAUUUUUUAAACAUAAAGGGUCCAGAAUUAUUUUCAAAAUGGGUCGGUGAAUCCGAAAAAGCCGUAAGAGAAGUAUUUCGAAAAGCAAGACAAGUUUCACCUUCAAUAGUAUUUAUUGAUGAAAUUGAUGCGUUAGGAAGCGAAAGAAGUUCUUCAUCAAGCGGCGGAAGUAAUGUACAAGAACGAGUUUUAGCACAGUUAUUAACAGAACUCGAUGGAGUUACUGCAUUAGGCGGCGUUACUUUGGUGGCAGCAACUAAUCGACCUGAUAAAAUUGAUAAAGCACUUCUUCGUCCAGGUCGUUUGGAUAGGAUAAUAUACGUGGAAUUACCUGAUUAUGAAACCAGACAAGAGAUUUUUGAUAUAAAAUUAAGAAAUAUGCCAAUCGCUGAAGAUGUACAAAUUCAAGAUCUAGUUGAUCUUACAGAAGGAUAUUCUGGAGCAGAAAUCCAGGCAAUUUGUCACGAAGCUGCUAUGAAAGCACUCGAAGAAAACUUAAAUGCUAAUAUAAUCACCAAAGAACAUUUCAAAGCAGCAUUAGCCAUAAUUACUCCACGAACGCCGGCAUCGUUAAUAAAUUUAUAUAAUGAAUAUAUAAAUAAAAUACAUUAACUAUAAAUAUUUAUUUACAUGUAAUAAUUGAAUUUGUCUAUAUUUCCGAAUCAUUUAUCGUCUGUCAAUAUUUUUCUAUUAUUUUAAUACCAACCUUCAGACUCUUGUUCGGAAAUUAAUAAAAUUUUCAGUUAUAUAAUUACAUUGACAAAUGUCGGUAACGAUAAAAUGUGAACGACCUUUCGGUAAAAAUUGUUUGAAAGAUAUUAUUGAAAGGUACGAUAAUUUGAUUAUUUGAUGAAUUCAAUGACAGUCAACUUAAUAUUCUUUUAGUUGCGGUUGCUGUCCACCAAUGGACCCACAAUGUCCACCAUGCUCUAUGUCGUGUUCGCCUCAACCUAUUUGGUAUUAUACAUGUCCUAUGCCACCAUGUAAAUUGGAACCAAAACCAAACUGUUGCCCACCUAUUACUUGCAUGCCAUGUUCUCCUAGUGUUCCAUGCCCUUACAUUUAUUCACCUUGCACAAGCCGUGUCACCUGUAUACCUAUGCCUAAACCAGUCCCAGCUCCUUACGAAGUUGGCUCUGUCUUCAGGGUACCUGUUACUACUGGUGGAUUAUUUUAUAUUGGAACAGUCAAAUGUUAUCCCUGUUUACCAUUUGCUUGUUAAAUCAUAUCUCUAUUUUAC